AUGUCAUUUGAAGAUGGUUUUGAGAAUAAUUUAAAUUCUUUCUUCGAUGCGUCGAUCAUUAAACGAAGUUUGCGAGGGUUUGCAGCACGAGGCCAACAAACUGGUAGAAUGAUUGAAGAAGUCAAUAAAUUAUUUGCUUCAAUCAUCUUGAGUGGUGAACUUAAAAUGAAAAUAAAUGCAUUGGAAAAAAUAUUGCAGCUACUUACUACUGUCAGCAUUCUUUGA